AAUCAAUUAAAAGAAAGAAAGAAAGGAAGGAAAUUAAUCCUUCUCCGCUCCUCGAUUCAUCCCCAAAUUCUCGUCGAAUCCGCGCGCUCCUCGCGGUGGGGAAUUUCUCGUCGGGAUUUCGCCGUGCUUGUUCCUGCCGAUCUCCGGCGAGCAGGGAGGGGCGCUGCCGUCGUCGUGUUUAGAAAUAAUUCAAGCUGAUGAAUUUCCGCAAAGGAAGAAAGGUGGAGGUGUUGCAGAAGAGGGAUGCACCCGCAGGUUCCUGGAGGCCUGCUGAGAUUGUUUCUGGCAAUGGACACACCUACCUUGUAAGCUAUGAUUCAUGUCCAACUCAGAAUAGUGUGGAUGCGGAAAGGGUGCCAAGGAAGGAGAUGCGACCUUUGCCCCCACCCUCAGAUGGUCCUAUAUGCUGGGUCAAAGGUGACAUUGCAGAGGUGUUUGACAGCUACGCAUGGAAAGUUGUGGAAGUAAUGAGAUUGCUUGGUUUUAGUUACUAUCUCGUCAGAUUCCUUGGAUCCUCCCUAGAGCUGGAAGUACAUUCAUCCAACCUUAGGAUAAGGCAGCUAUGGGAAGAUGGCAAAUGGGUUGCUAUUCCAAAGGAUUCUGCAAGAUGCCCUGGUGGUUCACCUAGAAGCCAGCUGAGACGUGGAAAAUCUGGACAUGAGUUGGUCCACGCUUCAAGGGACAGGCGCCUUCUACUGAAGAGUAAUAAAGUAUUUCAGGGAAAUACAUCUCAUGGCAUGAAGAGAAAAUCAUCUGCCCUUUCAGCUUUCCCUAUGCCGUACAGUGAAGUUAGUAAGAGAUUUCAUGCAUCUCACAGAGAUGGAGGGUGCCUACUUCUUGUUCCUGGAGAUUCUCAUCAUUUGAUGGAAAAGGUAGAUGCUGUUGAUUCCCCAUGCUUAGUGCUGGGAAAAACAUACGUGCAUGAUUCCUUAGGUAACAGAGCAAAUGGCUUUCAUAAAACAAAUUUGGCAGCAGUAAACACUAAUUUUGAUCAUCUGGAUCCUGCUGUAACAACUCAAGAUAGUGAUACUGUUAGUGACAUAUCUUCUGUUGGUAGUUGCAACCCCUGCAGUAACCCCUAUCAGUCAACACACCCUCAAGAGUAUGACCAUGCAGAUAUUUGUAGUAGGACUGAUGAUGCCAAAGCUUCUAUAACUGGAAGAGAAUCAUCUAGUAGGAAUGAUGAUGCUGAAGCUUCUGUAUCUGGAAGAGAAUCAGCUGUUCCUGUCAAUGAUGGUCUGGAAGAAAAAACCCAUUUGCUUGAGUUGCAUGCUUAUCGUGCAACACUGAUGGCACUAUAUGCAUCUGGGUCAAUUAGCUGGGAGCAAGAGGCUUUGAUGACUAAUCUGAGGCUUACACUGAACAUCUCAACUGAUGAACAUUUAUCUGAGUUAAGGAAUUUGAUUUCAUCUGAAGUUCAUUCUAGAUAGUCAUAUGAAACAGUAGGCAUAUCACUUAUUUUGAAAUUGUAGAGUCAUGGCUAGUGUAGAAAUCACAUUCAGUUGCUGAGGUGCUUGAUGUUCUGUAUUACCAUGGAAAAAUGUUGUAUGAUAGGUUUGCCAAAGCUUCUCAAAUGCUCUACUUUUGUUCCCUGUUAACUCAAGGAUCUCUUUCUUUAAUGGAACCCUGCUGUCUAUUUAACUUCGUACUAUCU